AUGGCACCCAUCUUUAAACUCCUCACUCUCCUCUCCCUCUCCCUCUACACCUCAGCCCAAGGCACGCAAUUCAUCACGGGAGCCUGUACCUCCGACGCCGCCUGCGCAUCCGGCUGCUGCGGCUUCACAUCCGGCAAAUGCGCCGCACCCUUCGUAGCCAACGAGCGGGGCGAAGGCUGUGGCUUCGGCGACGCACAACCAAACAACAAUGCGUUGAACGGCGGCAACAAAGCCGCGGGCGGCACUCAACCACCGCAACGGCAACCGCAAGCACCGGCAUCCGGACAAACCAUGGUAGGCGAAGAAGCAGCAUCCCCAGCAGCACCAGCAGCAGCAGCCCCGACUCAAGCUAAAGGCACACAAUUCAUCACGGGCGCGUGUACAUCCGACGCCGACUGCGCAUCCAGCUGCUGCGGGUUCAAGAGCGGCAAGUGUGCGGGACCGGUGGUAGCGCAGGAGCGAGAUGGCGGGUGUGGAUUUGGAAAUGCGCAGCCGAAUGACGAUGCGGCUAGGGCGUUGCAAGGGAGGAGCUUGGGACGGAGGGGUCCUGGGUUCAUGUAA